CGGAGUUCAUUAGCACUGCCUCUUUUUACAUAAUCCACACUACUGACUCGCGGACUCAGCUCCGGUUCCGCAACCUGCCAUGUGCCAGGUACCAGUUGCCCUCACCGCUUUAGGGAGUACCUUCAUGUCUUCUUGUGCUCUGUGCUUUCGUGAAGCUCUCUACAACACGCGAUGACGAUUUCAAUACCGGAUAUGUCUUCCCUGAAUGCCGUAGACGUCACGUCCAAUCAUCGGAGUUAAACGAUGAUAACCCAGAUGGCAUAAGCAGCCAUGUCGAAUUCCGGAGUAUGACCCACCACCCCUCCAUCACGCCCCCGUGAGGUUGACCAUCCAUCGGUACAAAACACUCAUUCCGAAUCUGAAGGAUAACGUUCGCCACACCGCAUCGGUUUAUCGUCGAGGGUUUGCAUAGAGCGAACAUAUAUUUAAGACUCAAUUGCGAUCCGUUCCACCCCUCUCUCCUGUACUCCGUCUAUACUCGUACCUAUCAUGAAGCAAGAACGCGCAACUCUCCCAACACCUAACUCGACAGACUCGUUCUGGCACACCGAACCGAAUGAGUUCCUGAUCGGCCACCGCACAACGGAGGAAUUGCCUGCUGAGGCUGACAUCGUUAUUGUGGGGUCUGGAAUAACGGGCACAAAUGCAGCCAGGUAUCUCUCGGAGGAUCAGAGAGCUGCCGGUAAGAGUAUCGUUCUGCUCGAGGCCCGAGAGGCAUGUUGGGGCGCUACAGGAAGGAAUGGUGGACACUGCCAGCCCCUCCUCUUCGACCGAAGUAGCGAUGUAGCCGAGUUCGAGCUCAAGAACGUCGCUGCGGUGCGAUCCUAUAUUCAGGACAACAACGUGCCUUGCGAGUGGCGCGACGUAACUGGCUGCCGCACGUUCUGGACUGAAGAGGCGAUGAGCGAGGCUGAAAAGGAAAUCGAACAUCUCAGGAAAACAUCACCUGAAAUCGCACGCCAUGUUACCAUCCUCAAGGAAAAGGAGGAAUUUAAGAAGCACCGCGUCACACCCGAGUGUGUUGGAUUGACACUAAGUGAAGGAGCUGCGAGUCUAUGGCCGUACAAACUAGUUACCUUCAUGCUCGAGAAGCUCGUUAAGAACGGCCAGCUCAACCUACAGACCAAGACUCCCGUCACCGAAAUUACCUCGUCAGACGGCACGCACACUCUCCACACGCCCCGCGGCACCAUCAGCAGCAAGACCGUCAUUCUCGCGACCAAUGGCUACACAUCAGCUCUCCUACCCCACUUCGCCGAUCUCAUCGUGCCCUGUCGUGGAGAGAUGUCAGCCCUGAUCCCACCUGCAGGAAUGACGCUCUUGCCAAACUCGUACGGCAUGGUUGCGGCUCUAGGCCAACCAGCCAACAACGACGACUACCUCAUUCACCGUCCAUUUGAGGGCGUUCCAAACCCUGGUGGUCAUCUGAUGUUUGGUGGCGGCCGCGGAGCAGGACAUUAUCCAAGCAUAGGCGUUUCUGAUGACACUGUAAUCGAUGAAGGCUCUGCUGCAUACCUUCGCGGUGCGCUGUUAAAGGUUAUGGAGCUAGGUGGGCAGACGGAAGGUCUGAGUGAGCUUAAAGCUGCCGCACAGUGGACUGGCAUCAUGGGUUAUUCGCGUGAUGAUCACCCAUGGGUUGGUAAGGUGCCGGGCAAUGAAGGCUUAUGGCUCGCCGGUGGAUACACAGGACACGGUAUGCCGAACGGCACAUUAUGUGGAAAGGCUGUUGUCGACAUGGUACUCGGUGAGAUGGACGGCAAAGACCUGACCGCUGUACACGAGGAGAUGGUUCAAAAGGGCGAUAUGCCCAAGAGCUACAUCCUGACAAAAGAAAGGAUCGAUCGAUCAAGACAGAUGCUCACAGUACAGCAACAGGAUGCACAGGGAGUACACAUGAACGGUGUUGUAUAGAUCUCAAUGAUGAUACCGUUGGCCCGUUCUUGCGCCGAUU